AAAGGCUAAAUUCAAGCCUGAUGGUUUUUCCCUUUGAUAAGGUACAGAACCGAGUGAAACGUCAGGAUGUGGAUACCUUUGUAGAAGAACAGGCUAAAGGUUCGUGGGGCAAAUGGGGUCCAUGGUCUGCUUGCACCAGGACUUGUGGUAGCGGAGUAAUGCAACAGACACGGCCCUGUCUUCCUCAAAUAAAGCAGAGAAUUCAGCCGACAUUCCAGUUUGCAACAGGAGAUCAGCCCCUGCGGGCGUUUCACAUUCCCCACGGGCGAGUGCUGUCCACAGUCCGUCACUCUUUCCCACUUCACCGGAGUUCAGCCAACACGCUACUGGGAACCAGCAUUAACCAGAUUUAUCAGAUUUCCAACAGCCUCCUGCUGCAACUGAGUUCCAGUAGAGCAGCUGAUGUGGGAGUCCAGUGUCACGCAGACAAACGACAUGCCCUAACCAGCGGAGUUGGUUUUGAUGCUGGGCAAGUUGGCUUGGGAGAGGACAUUGAAGUUGCACCACCUUUCUUGCCACCGGAUUUGGAGGAUCUUGCGAAGGCAUCACUGCUGCCCCUGCGAUGCCCACUGGUCAUGGAAGACCUCCAGUGUGCCGGUGGACACCACGUGCUCCCUGUCCAAGGAUACCUGGCCAUGAACAUAGCUGCGGAAGAGGGGCAGUCAGUCAGGCUGGAGGACCUCUUCGACUGCCUGCUGCCUGAACCUGUUAAUAGCCAAUUUGGCCAGCCCCAGGAGCAGUUUAUCAAGGAGCCCUGCCCACGUGGGAGUCGAGAUUUUCGGGAGGUUCAAUGUUCUGCUUAUAAUAACAGAGCUUUUACGGGAAAGCAUUAUGAAUGGGAGCCUUUUACUGAUGUAACAGAUAACCAAAAAUGUGAGCUGAACUGCAGAGCCAUUGGGUACAAGUUCUACGUGCGUCACGCCGCUCAAGUCAUAGACGGAACACCUUGUGAACCUGGCUCGUUGAAUAUUUGUGUCAAUGGACAGUGUAAGAAAGUGGGUUGCGAUGAGAUACUGGGCUCCAACAAAGUGAUGGACAAAUGUGGUGUUUGUGGUGGUGACAACACCACAUGUAAAGUAAUAUCUGGAAUCUUCAAGCAAACCAUUAUGUCAGUAGGAUAUCACAAGAUUCUCGAAAUUCCCGAAGGAGCUACACGAAUUAAUGUCACCGAAAUGAUGAAAAGCAGAAAUUACCUGGCUUUGAGAAGUCACUUUGGCCACCCUAUCAUUAAUGGAAACUGGGCCAUCGAUAGGCCGGGCACUUAUGAAGCAGCAGGAACCCUGUUCAGGUACAAGAGACCAAAUGAAAUUAGUACGACAGCAGGGGAAUCCUUCAUUGCUGACGGGCCAACCAGUGAAAUUCUGGAUGUCUACAUGAUAUAUCAACAGGCAAACCCCAAGGUGCAAUACGAAUAUAUUUUACCAACUGACAACAUUGUCAGCAGCCAUUCACUGUCACAUACAACAGGUCAACAUUUAGGAGAGGCUUUUAACGGUCAGUUAUCAUACGGUGUUGAUGGUGACGUGUAUGUUCUUCGUGAAAGAGAGGUGGAAAACUUUGUGAGUGGAGUGCACGCAAAUCAACUGCAGUCCAGAGAUUACCAAACGCCUCCUGAAGAAGCGUUGCAUUCCUGGGGAGAGGGGCCAAGGAAAAAGAGGGAGUUCAAUUGGAAACAAAUUGGAAGCAGUGAAUGCACCGUCUCAUGUGGAACAGGGAGCCGUGCUCUUAUUUUUAGGUGUGUUAACAGGAAUACACAUGAAGAAGUAUCUGAAAACCUGUGUGAAAUCGCAAUGAGACCAACACCAGAGGAAGAAGCCUGCAACAUCCAACCGUGCCCAGCCUACUGGGAUCUGGGCGAGUGGUCAGAGUGCAGUAAGACGUGUGGACCUGGGAUACAACAUCGGCAGGUUCUUUGCAGACAAAUCUAUGCUAAUCGGACAACUACUGUUCAACCUGACCGAUGCCGGCACCUGGAGAAACCCGAAACAACAACUACCUGCCAGCUAAAAAUCUGCAGUGAGUGGCACAUUAGGACAGAAUGGAGUGAGUGCUCAGUACCUUGUGGUGUGGGACAAAGGAUUCGGGAUGUAAAAUGCAUUGACAAUCUUGGGGAUAUUGUUGACGAUGAAGAGUGCAACAUGCAACUGAAGCCUGCUGAUACAGAAAAUUGUGACAUGGGCCCAUGUGCAAAGAGUUGGUUUCACACAGACUGGAGUGUGAGGUGUUCUGCAGAGUGUGGACCAGGCAUCCAGACGAGGUCAGUUGUGUGUCUGAUGAAUCACAUCAGCAGUUUACCUUUAGAAGGCUGUGGAGUCGAGAAGCCAGAGGAUGUCAGGCCUUGCAACUUUGGUCCUUGCGAUGAGGAAGUCAGGUGGUUCACUGGACCAUGGAGUCAGUGCUCAGCAGAGUGUAGUAAUGGAACCCAACUCCGCAGUGUGGUCUGCCUGAAGAAAACAGAUGACAAACUUACAGUGGCAGAAGCACAUGAUUGCUCCCACCUAGAGAGACCAGCAUCAGAACAAACCUGUCACCUGAGGAAAUGUGACGUCAAAUGGUACACAACAGAGUGGAGUGCAUGCUCUAAAUCCUGUGAAGGUGGUUACCGAGUUCGAGAGGUUAGAUGUCUUGCAGAUGACAUGACGCAAAGCAACAACUGUGAUUCCUUCCUAAGGCCCAUUGAUAAAGAAACCUGCAACACCGACCCAUGCAAAGCAGAGAUAGAUGAAAAUUGCAGAGACAUGUACUUCAACUGUAAUGUUGUGGUACAAGCCAGACUCUGUGUCUAUACAUACUAUAAAACAGCUUGCUGCGCAUCAUGUGCCACAGCCAGAAGAAGAGCCGAUCAGCUCAGAAGCAGAUAACUGCAUCCGUUCAAAGCCCAAACUUCCUCCCAGAUUGUGACACAGUAACAUUA